AUGCACCGCGAGAGGCAGCCUUUGAAAAAGCGGCGCGGCUCCUUCAAGAUGGCGGAGCUGGAUCAGCUGCCCGACGAGAGUUCUUCAGCAAAAGCACUUGUGAGCUUGAAAGAGGGAAGUUUAUCCAGCACAUGGAAUGAAAAGUACAGUUCUCUACAGAAAACACCUAUUUGGAAAAGCAAGAACGCUGGUUCUGCUGUAGAAAUGCCCUUCAGAAAUUCAAAACGGAGUCGUCUCUUUUGUGAAGACGAAGACAGACAGUUAAAUACAAGGUCUCCCAAAAGAAAUCAGAAGAUUGCAAUGGUUCCACAGAAGUUUACUGCAACAAUGCCAACGCCAGACAAGAAAGCAUCACAGAAGAUUGGAUUACGGUUACGUAAUCUACUCAAACUUCCCAAAGCACACAAAUGGUGCAUAUAUGAAUGGUUCUACUCAAAUAUAGAUAAACCAUUGUUUGAGGGAGAUAAUGAUUUCUGUGUAUGCCUGAAAGAGUCUUUUCCAAACCUGAAAACCCGAAAAUUAACAAGAGUGGAAUGGGGAAAAAUCAGACGAUUAAUGGGAAAACCACGAAGAUGUUCUUCUGCAUUCUUUGAGGAGGAGAGGUCAGCAUUAAAACAGAAACGGCAGAAAAUCCGACUUUUACAACAGCGGAAAGUUGCAGAUAUUUCACAAUUUAAGGAUCUUCCAGAUGAAAUUCCAUUACCACUUGUUAUAGGAACAAAAGUUACAGCACGGUUGCGUGGUGUCCAUGAUGGACUGUUCACUGGACAGAUAGAUGCUGUAGACACACUUAAUGCUACUUACAGAGUAACUUUUGACAGGGCAGGGCUUGGAACACAUACAGUCCCAGAUUAUGAAGUUCUUAGCAAUGAGCCUCAUGAAACUAUGCCAAUUACUGCUUUUGGACAAAAACAACGGCCUUCUAGAUUCUUCAUGACCCCUCCUCGAUUACACUACACACCUUCUCUCCAGUCUCCAAUUACAGACAGUGAUCCUUUAUUAGGACAAUCCUCUUGGAAAAACAAAAUUUCAGGCUCAGAUAGCGAAACACUAGGUGGUUUUCCAGUAGAAUUUCUUAUCCAAGUGACCAGGUUAUCAAAAAUCCUUAUGAUUAAGAAGGAGCACAUCAAGCAGUUAAGGGAGAUGAACACAGAAGCAGAAAAGCUGAAAUCCUAUUCUAUGCCAAUCAGUAUUGAGUUUCAGAGAAGAUAUGCAACUAUUGUUCUAGAUCUAGAACAACUGAAUAAGGACCUAAACAAAGUUUUGCAUAAGGUUCAACAGUACUGUUAUGAGCUUGCUCCAGACCAAGGCCUCCAGCCUGCAGACCAGCCAACAGAUCUGAGGCGCCGUUGUGAAGAAGAAGCUCAGGAGAUAGUUAGACAAGCAAAUGCAUCAACAACAGGACAUCUUUGUGUGGAAAAUGAAAACCUGACGGAUCUGAUCUCUAGACUUACAGCAAUAUUACUGCAGAUUAAGUGUCUAGCAGAAGGAGGUGACCUGAAUUCCUUUGAAUUUAAAUCACUAACAGAUUCAUUAAAUGACAUCAAGAAUUCAAUAGAUUCUUCCAAUAUCAGUUGUUUUCAGAAUAAUGUUGAGAUCCAUGUUGCACAUAUUCAGAGUGGCCUGAGCCAGAUGGGAAAUUUACAUGCCUUUGCAGCCAAUAACACCAACAGAGACUGAAAAGGAUGUCUAUUUCAAGUGUACAGCAUGUAAUUCUGUGAAAUCCUCUUCCUUUACAUAGGCUUCACCAAAUAUCCUAACUUCGGGGAGAUAAGGGAAAAGAGAACCUCUAAAAAGGCCAUUUUAGGUAAACUGUACUGCUUCUUAAGAAACCAGCAUUACUGGCCUGCGUACAUUAGAUUUUGCCAUUUGUUAUAUACAUACAGUAGUUUUGCUAAGAGCUAACUUCUAUUAGUAACUACAUUUUUUAUUUUAAACUGAAAGUAUACGAAUAUGCUUUCAUACAAUUUCAACUAAGAAUAUAUCAACUUUAUUUUUUAAAGUUUGGGUAAAUUCUACCCAACUCAUGCAGAUGACUUUACUGAUGUGUUGAAGACAAUGAAGAGGAAAUGGUACAAAUCAGUGGCUGUAUGGCAGUCCUUUGUUCUUGAAAGCUACAGUUCUAGUACCUGUGAGUCACCAUCUCAGACUUUAGUCUACAGUGUGGUGAAGCAGUAUGUGUAUUCCUGACCUUACGAAACAGCAGCA